AUGACAUGUGCACAUUCUUUGCACACAUAUGCAUCUGUUCAGAAGUAUAUAUAUUUGUAUGUGCUGAUGAUUGAUGAAGGAGCAACGUGUCAGCAUUCAGAAGCUAAAGUUAUCCAUUUGACCUCUGAAAUGGUUGAUGAGCAGGAUAGGUUACUGCCAAUUGCCAAUGUGGGAAGGGUCAUGAGGCAGAUCCUUCCACCAAGUGCCAAAAUCUCGAAAGAAGCUAAGGAAACGAUACAAGAAUGUGCAACAGAGUUUAUAAGCUUCGUCACAGCUGAAGCGUCUGACAAGUGUUACAAGGAGAACAGAAAAACUGUAAAUGGAGAUGACAUCUGUUGGGCUCUGAGCACAUUAGGGUUUGAUACCUAUGCAGAGGCCAUGCUGAGGUACUUACAUAAGUAUAGAGAAUUUGAGAGGCAAAGGGUCAACCAAAGUAAAGCCUCAAAUCUUGAAAAUGAAGCACAUACCCCAAUUAGAGCCAGUACUGAUAGUACUGAUAGUGAUGGAAGCAACCUGCAACCUGAAAAGCAAUCUGAAUCUCCCAUUGCAUUUGAGUUUAGAGUUCUUGAGAAGGGUCAGAGCUCUAAAAUUAAGCCAGCAGCUACAGGAUAA